CACACACAUUUAACUCAAAUGAUGCCAAAUUAUUGCAUACUCCCCCACCCCACCCCCACUACACCUUUUUUCUUCCACGCCAAAAUGCAUAAAAUGUACCGUAGCUCACCCCUUCCUUCUCCAUGCCUCUAAAAAAAAAGCCAUGACUUUAAACUAAGCUUUCUUUUCCAUCCCUAUAUAUAUAUAUAUAUAAACAAAAUUUUUAACUAAUUCAAACGUCGAUCGAAAAAUCAAGAAAUGGCCUCCGCAUGCAUAUCCAGUUGCGUUAACGACGCUCGUGCUCCGGUUCGGGCCACAUACGUAAACUUGUACAAGUGGCCCGAAUCGGAUGCUGAAUUUAUAAGAUCGGUCAGCUUAAAAAAUAAUGGUCGUGGUCAUAUUCGUGGUCAUGGUCGUGAUCGUAAUGGUCCCAAAGUGGUCGAUAGUAUUUCGUGUAGGCAAUUAUAUUUGAGGAGCUAUACUUUUUCAAGGGAAGAUCAAGAAAAUGUAAGUGAUGAGAAGAAAUCUCAAGUGAAAUGUUAUGGUAAAAGAAAGAGGAAAUUACCUCGUCGGAAUAAUGGUUGCGGUGGUGGUUAUAGUGGUGGUUCGAGUGGUGGUGUCCGGAGGCGGAGUACGAGAAGGAAGUGCAAAGGGUUUAGAAAGGCUAAGGAGUUAUCUUGCGCGGCUUUGACUUCGAUUUUUCGGAGGUUACUAUCUUGUACUGCUAAGGUUGAUGUGGUCAGUUAAUUGACGUGUUGAUUUCUCGUAUGAUCCAUCAAUUUAUAAUAAUUAUGUAAUAUUAAUUUUUUAAUUAAAAAAGAAAAGAUAAUUUUAUGAGAUAA